AUGCAUCUCAUUUUCGGAUCCAUCUCUUUGGGUUCCUAUAUCACAUAUGAGAACGAACAAACAAAGGAUCUUGAAGAGAAGCUGGCAAGUCUUAGGGUAAUGAUGAUGGAUACUGAAAAAGAACUUCGGAAUGAAUACGCAAAUAAGAACAAAAUAAUAAAGGAUCUUGAAGAGGAAUGGAAGACAUUUGCUGCGGAUUUACAAAAACAAGUGCUUUCCGAACUACAUGCCAAAGACACGACCAUCAAAGAAGCUAGAGAGGAACGGGAAGAAAUUUUGCGUGGGAAACUAGCUUCCCAAGAUGAGGCCAUCAAGAAACAUGAAGAGACUUUGCUAGAGCCAUUAAUCAAAAACUCCCUAGUGCAAAUGGUGUACAAUUUCUUUCCAAAAUGCAUGCAUCCACGCGUAGCUCCUAAAGGAAUACUAACCGGAGAUGAGUUAGGCACGUUCAUGGGAACCUUGGUGACAACCACUGCUUAUAAUAAAUGCAACAACGUAGUUACCCACAUAUCUCAGGCAGAUAUGAAAAAAGAGAGGAUUAAGGGAAUACUAAAGAUCAUUGGAAAAUCUGUUAUUUGGACCUUUUUGGGAGGAUUGGGUCAUGUGUUUGUUGGAGGUUUUAUUAAAAACUACUGGGUUAGACUUGUUGUUACUGCAGUUUUGUCAUUGGCCAUGCAGUGUAUAACAGCAAUGGCGUGGAAGAGGUCAUAUGAAAUACCCACUUGGCAACCUGCGGACUCGACAUAUUCGGAAUUGGCAUACCUGCUUGAAUUCCUCACAUUCUCAUGCUCUCAAAAACCGGUUGAUUCAUACUUCCUGGACCUCGAUGGUCUCCCCGGCCUCCAACAUCCCAAGUCACUGCUACAAGCAACUCCUGUUACACGAAAUCUAGAUAAUACACUCUUACAAAGAUGGGAUAUAACACACAACCCAGUCUACCCAAGAACUCACGACAUCUUACACAACAAGAUUCGUGUUAAUCCGACUGUUCCUAAUCUACUCAGAAGCAACAGUAAACAUUCUUCCUAA